AUUAAAAUAUUUUUAUUUUUAUUUAGUGCAUUAAAUCAAAUUAUUUAUUAGUAAGCUAUAAUUAAUAAAUUUAUUUUUUUAUAAUUGUGUAAAUUAAAUGCGUUCGAAUGCAUAUUUCUACAAAAAAAUUAAAGAAGACACGAAAAUGUCGGAUUUGUUCCCGCGUGUUUCCUUCCCGCGCACGUCUGGCUAGCUGGAAGUUGGUCAUGGUCGUCCGCCAAACGGAAAGCCGCCAUGAUGGCUUUCUGUAAAGAACGCUCAAUAUGUAAAGUUUCGUUUAUGUUUUUCAUUAAUUGUGACUGAGUGUGUGCAAAAAUUAACCAUGGGAACGAACUAGAGUGUGCAAAGUGUAGUUUAAAGUCCUUUAGGACCUCCUGGAGGAGCUAUAAAGUGUUUUAUAAGUGCAUUUGUGUGUCGACGCUAGCGUGUUUUGUUCUGUCAACAAAAUGUCGAAGCUCUCGUUUAGGGCGAGGGCCCUGGAUGCAUCGAAACCAAUGCCCAUAUAUCUCGCCGAGGAGCUUCCGGAUUUACCGGACUACUCGGCGAUUAAUCGUGCUGUACCUCAAAUGCCCUCUGGUAUGGAAAAAGAGGAGGAAAGUGAGCACCACCUCCAGAGGGCGAUAUCGGGCACGGGGCUCAUCAUCCCCACGCCGGAGGUGUGCCAGGUCUCCGACGUGGAGUUCUACGAGCGGUGCUACCCGCCCGACUACAAGAUGCCCAAGCAGCACAUACACAUGCAGCCAUUAUGGGAGGAACAAGAGACGCCAGAGUACGACAUCGACACAGAGGACGAGCGAUGGCUGAAGCAGCAGCGGCGCCCCGAGCUUACAGAGCUAAAGUUCGAGCAAAUGAUGGACAAGCUGGAAAAGAGCUCGGGGCAGACGGUGGUGACGCUGAACGAGGCCAAGCUGCUCCUGGAGAGGCACGACGACCUGGUCAUCGCCGUCUACGACUACUGGCUCAACAAGCGGCUCAACACUGGCUCUCGGGCACAAAUGGACUGCGUGCACACUGGUAAUGGGGGGACGCUGGCGGUCAAGAGUGCCGGCACGCGAAGGAAAUUAGCAACUGUCUUCGACAAGCGAGCGCAACACCCGCUGAUACUGUCGGUGAAGACGGAGGGCCGGCCGGGCCAGUCGACCAACAACCCCUACCUCGCGUUCAGGCGGCGCACUGAGAAAAUGCAGACCAGGAAGAACAGGAAGAACGACGAGAGCUCGUACGAGAAGAUGCUGAAGCUGCGGCGCGACCUGGCGCGCGCGCUGUCGCUGCUGGAGCUGGUGGCGCGUCGCGAGCGGGCCAAGCGCGAGCUGGUGAAGCUCACCGCGCUGCUGGCCGAGCGCCGGUACGUGGCGGGAGACUUCGCCAGCCAGCUGCUGCCAGACCCGCCGCCGCGCACUCAGUACACGGCGGUGCCCAUAACAUCGGCUAGCUUCCGCCGCGACUACACCGUGCAACACUACCCACCGAGAGCACCGCCCACCCCAGUCGAUCAGCCUAGACAGCGAGAGAAGCGUCCGUACAAGAGACGGAAGCAUCGCCACCACCAGCCCACUGCACACCCUCACAGAGAUUCUGGUGUGUGCACUUCGUCGGAAGAGGAGCCGGCGCCUCCGGACGACGGGCCCUUCGCCUUCCGCCGGAAACCGGGCUGCUUCUACGAGAUGCCCACAUCAACGUUAUAUGGCGAGCCUUUGGACCCCGACAACACAACUAAAGAUGGACUAUUUGAACACGAAAUGGACGAGAGGGCGAGGUUUACACUAACAUCAAUCAACCACCCCUACCCCCGGUGCAUAGGAUUUGCUCGGAGAAGAGUAGGCCGGGGCGGGAGAGUACUGUUAGAUCGAAUAGCGACCCCCCUCGACGACCUUUGGCCCAACCUACCCUUCAGACAUCCGCACAGUUCAGAGGACAGAGCGCGGCGAGACGAAGAGGUUGAUCUAGAAACAAAACCACACAGGACACCGAAGGAAAUGACGAGAGAUUACCACACGGGCGGCAAACACCCCUGGCGGCACGCUUUCAGAAAACAUCUCGCCAAGAACCCCCACCUGUGGACCGAUCCCGUCAAAACGGAAGCCGACGACCUCAAACUCGACAGGUUCUACGACGACGACGUCAAACUCGAAGUCGACGACUUCAGACUCGACGAAGACGAUGUCAAGGUCACUGUCGACGAUGUCAAAAACUCGGACACUGCAACUGCGGAUGUUAAAGUGGAAACAAUGGAAGUUGAUGAAAAAGUGUUACCGGAAAGUGAUAAUGUAUUACCUAGUGUUAGUGAUAGUGCGUUUAGUGUUAGUGCCAGUGGGCGGGCGAGGACUAUAGAUAGUGGGGUGAAGGAGAACCUCGACAGGGUGAUGAGGAAGAGGGCCUGGUCGGGCUGCAGUGACAGCAGCUACGACUCGGACGAGAGCCUGCAGCCUGUUGAGAGGGAGUUUGAAAAGUUCAUCAAUGAAGUUAAUAAGAAAUGGUUACACUUCCGGCCGAAAACGCCCCCGCCCUCGCCCCCGCCAGCCGACACGCCCUCGGACGAGCAGUUCCCGCUGGCGCGCGACACGCCCAUCACCGUGCAGCUGUCGUCCGGCCCGCCGUCCGGCGCGCUCGACACCUUCACCACGGCAGAGUUCACGCUCGGACAGCUGUUCGGGGACAUUCACCCUGAGAUUGAUAAUAACAGUAGCUUAGACACCAGUGGAGAAGAUUUACUAGAGAACUUCACCGGCUUAACCGAGGCCCAAGUGGAGAGCAUACUAUCGGAGACGGAUCUCAAGAGUUUCUCCGAAGAGAAGAAGCUGCCCAUGACGGAAGACAUCCUGGACGAGCUGGUGAAGAAUGUGGACUCAAAGGAUCCUUUUUUAUCGCAAGGCCAGAGUUUGGGGGGGCGUGCAAACUCUGGUCGAAAGAAACGCGCGGAUGCAUUCGGAUCGAGCGUCGUGCACGUGGUCGGCGCGGACAUCGAACCUGUGUACCUCGAGAAGGUGAUUGUGCCGCCCAGCGAAGCGCCCAAGGAGGUUAAGCCGCCUAAAGAGGUGGUGAAGUCCCCGGUACCCACGUCUAAGAUCAUAGUGGAGGAAGUGAACGAAGUGCCACAGAUGAGGGCGGAGCGCCGCCGGCCCGCUGAAGCGCCCGCCGAAGCGCCGCCGCCGCGCACCGUGCAGUUCAAGGCCUUGCAGAAACACUCUCCCCUGAAGAAGCACAUAAUAACGUCGGCGGCGCACCGGCGGAGCGGUGACGUCACCGUCGUGACGUCGGACGCGCAGCAGCCGCAGAUCGUCACCGUCGCCGUCUCCGACAGCCUGAAGGUGCGGCUGCAGCAGAGCCAGGGCGCGGCGGGCGCGUGCUCCAGCGCCGGCACUGUGGUGGGCCUGCUGCAGAACGGGCCCUUCACCGCCGUCGCGCUGCCCGUGCACAACGUGCAGCACAGGGACAUCGGUUCAACGGCAGUAGUGAGUGUGGGCAACGUCGUGACGGCGGGCACAGGGAAGGCGACCAACGUGCCCACCGUCGCCAGCAUAGCCAACGCGACCCGACGCGUGUCCGCGCCGCUGGUGCAGCUCGCGCCCGCGGCGUUGGGCCACAAGCCGCUGCAACUGCACCACCACCCGUCAGUGGUAGUAACGCCCCAGAUGCACCACGUCAACCCGAGCAAGCUAAAAGUGCUGCACGCGCACCCGCUGACCAACACCCAACGCGCUCAGCUGCUGGCGCAGAACCGGUCGCUGGGCCAGCUGCCGGCGGUGGUGUCGCUGGCGGCGUUGGGCGACGCCAAGCCGCCGGCGGCCGCGCUGCUGAAGGCCGCGCCGGGCUCCGUGGCGCAGUUCUUCGAGAUAAAGGGCGGACAGCUCGGAAAAGGCCCUCAUCUAGUCAACGUGCUACGCCAACCGCCGCCCGUGAAAGCGAACGUGGCAUUCAACGAUGCGGCUAAAAAGCGCCAAGUAGUCUUCGACGGCACGCUGAAAGGCAAUGUGGCUGCCGCCCGGCCGCACAGAGUCAGCCUCAGCGUCGAUGGGCGGCAGAUCGUGCGCGCCGCGCUGCCCGCCGUCCGCCACCAGAUACAGCUGAAGAACAGAACCCUGCAAGUGACCGCGCCCAUGGCGAGGAGUUCCUCUGAGCCGUCGACGAGUAUCAGCAUACCGCCCAAGACGGCCUCGAUACCCAGCUCCGUGGUCGCCAAUCUGCUGCAGAAGAAUGUGCAACUGCCUAAAGGUCAGAAGAUAGCUAUAUCGGGUCCCGGCGGGCAGGCGCUGUCGGCCAACGUGCAGGCGAUAGCGUUCACCACGGCGCAGCUCAAGGCGCGGCAGGGCCGGCUCAUGGCGCAGCCCAGGCCUACGCCGGGCAGCGAAAUCGUCGAAGCGUCCACCGCACCGACGACGUCGUCGAACAGCGCGAACAUGAGCGCAGAGGUCGCAACAGACGGCGACGACGGCGCGACCAACGGCGUGCGCAGACGGCCGACCGACACGCUGCCGAUGGAGGUCACGUGACAACCGGGCACCGAACCCAGAGCCCCCGGUGUCGACAGUGUUACAAGUGCAGUGUGUAGUGAUCUGGCACGAACCAUAAACAAUGCGCGCCAUAGAGGAGGAGUUACGACAGAAAGUGAUUUGAGUACCGUAAACAACAAAGUUACAGAAGAAAUAACUAAUUUGCGUACUGUAGACAACAAUGGUAAAGAAGAAAUAUCAAGAUAUGGUGAUUUGUGUACCAUUCCCAACAACGAUAAAGAAGAACUAACAAGAAUUAAUCAUUUGUGUACUGUUAACAUCAAUGUUGAAGAAAAAAUAACAAGAACCAUUCAUUUAUCUACUGUAAACAACAAUGCUGAAGAAGAAAUAACAAGGAACAUAUAUUUGUGUACCAGAAACAACCAUGUCAAAGAAGAUAUAACAAGAAACAUUGUCUUGUUUACCAUUAACAUUGAUAUCAAAGAAAAUGGUGAUGAAACAAACAUUGAUUGGCAAACAAUAUACAAAAAUAUGGUAAAACAUAGAGAACAAAUAACAAUAUCCAUUAUCUUGUGGAAUUUUAACAACAAUAUAGAGGGAAAAUUGGCAACAACAAACAUGUAUUGGUGCUCUUUUAACAACAAUGUGUUACAUAGAGAAGAAUCUGAUUUGUGUACCUUAAACAACAAUAUAAAGGUGCUUAUUGAAAUUACGGCACCAAUCAAUUUGCAUUUUAUCAACAUUAUCAAAGUACAUGAUAAAGAAAUAAAUUUAGAUCCUUUGAACAACAAUAUAAAGGACAAAACACCAACUGGACGCGAUAACCUUACCAAGGAUUGUAAAGAGACAAUAAUGUGCAGUGAAAAAAAUGAACUUGUGUUUAUGGUUUAUGAGAAAUUCAAAGGUAAUUUUGAAAAUACUCAAAUGCUUUUUAAACAAUAUUUUAAUGAAAAUAGUGCACAUUUUAAGAGUUAUUUUAAGAAAUGUUCUAGAAAUAUUGUAAUGGAUUUUAAAGUAUUAAAAAAAUAUCUCAAUGUCUCUAUUAUUGAUAUCAAUGUAGCAAUCAUAAAGAAAUUGUUUAAAACCAAUGUCUUUGCUAAAAGCUUGUUAAUUCAAUGGCCUAAAUGAAAUAUAAAUUAAAUAUAUAGGACAAAUAUAAUCAUAUAAACAAGGCAUUCCAGCUUUCAUGCAUUCAUCUGUGACAAAAUAAAAUAGAGAAAUAAAUUCAAUAGUUUAACAGACGUUUUGAAGCUAUCCGGGGAUCCUUAAUCAUGAACUUGUUCAUGCUAGUUCUGAUUUAUUGACAUAUGUGCAUCUUGUCACAACACUGAACUGAAAGCUGCCUGUGAAAGAAUCUGAUGAUCAUGGGACUGUAGCUUUUAGCCUUAGAGAGUUGUUGUAUUAGCCAUUGAAAGCUCGGCUUCUGCUAGCCGUUGGGUUGCUCUCUGGCAGUGUCUUUGUGGUUGAUCAAACUCCCUGGCAAAUUCACAGUCACAGUGCUAAAAUAACACAGAAAACUUAAUUUAAAAAAUAUGUCUAGUAAAUUUAUCCAAACGUCAAAAACACUUGUCCAUUUUUGACGUCACAAUGUUACUUGAUGUCACUAAAGGAAUAAACGUCAAACUAAUUAUUAACUAACAAUUUUGUCUAACACUCUGUUUGCUUAAGGUUUAGUGUUAAUAUGAAAAAUCAUGAAAAAGUUAAAAUAUCAUGGCUGACAGUUUUGACUCGUAUUUUCAAAAAUAUAAAAAAAAAAUUCACAUCUCAAAAAAAUUUUUUUUUAAUCUAGCAGAAUGCUAAUGAGCAAUUUAAAAAAAUACUAUUUAAAUAAAAGUAUCAACUAGCCUAUUUGACUACAUGUUGCUCUUGUCCCAUAACAAUCUCUCUUCAUGUCUUAGGCCUGAUUUAUAUAGUAAACAUAAAUGAUUAUGUGAAGAGUAAUGUUGAUGAUUUGAUGAUAUAAUAUCAUCAUCAUAAUCAUUAACAAUAUUUGCGAUUGCAAAGAAAUUAGCCCAGAUAUCCUAUUUUAUAGGAUAUCUGGGCUAAUUUAAAAAAAAUUUAGGCAAAGUAAACUUAACUCAUGACAAAUUGAACUUGCAAAUUUGGCAAAGAAAUUGGUAUAUAUAUUUUAUUUUAUGAAUAAAUAACUUGGUUUUGGUUGUACAGUCGAAACAAGCGUGUAUUUCAUUUAUUAAUAAUAAUAAUUCCAAAGUGCAUUCUUGCUUUGCUGAUGCUACUUCAGUUUCAUAUACCUACGUACUAAUACAACCAAGACCAAUUCAAUCAUAAAAUAGUAUAUUUACAUGAAAUCUCGAUAUUAUAAACAUUUAAAGUUAUUCUAUUUUCGGAAAACGCUUCUGCUUUGUGUGUAGUAGUAACAACACAAACGCGUUUAUGUGUUUCUAAGUACCGUCAGCACAGUAGUAAUGCAUUUUAAAUUUUUUGAAAUUAUAUUGUGGGGGUGUGUGUCACAUCGACACCCGUUUACUAAAAAAACAGUAGCAUAGCCAUAACUUACAUACAGAUGAUUUAUUAACAAUCUUUCUGUUUUUCUUACGGCCAUAGUUUCACACAAAAUCCCAGUUGUCUGACCUUAUUAUUAUAAUCUGGCAAGUUUGUUGAUGAGACUCUCAUGGUAUGCGGGCGACGGGGGAAAGACGGCGCGGGUGUGAAAUCGUGCGUGCGGGGAAGUGAGGUGCAUCAGUCGUGGGUUUUUCAUUCAUCGCUACAUGCCCCCCCCGGCCCGCGCGUACCAUCGAGAGUGUUACGAACGAAGUUGCCAAGUAUUACCAAAGCAUCUUCUGAAAAUAGAAUAUCUUACUAUAGUGCGAUACAAAAGAGUAGAAAAUAAAUGAGGGCACUUAUUGUGGUUCAUAGGGCAACACUGUGUUCUGUCAUCCACUUGGGAUUGCAACUACCUUGAUACUUGAUAAUAAUUGAUACUUUGUUUUAUAUUGUUGCUGUUGAAAAUAAUAUUACUAUCUGAUAUAAAUAAAUUAAUAACUAUAUUUGGAAAAUACUAUCUAGCAGCGGCGAAGAGUCCAUAUAUGCCGAUUCCCGCCGGGUUACCUUUUAAAAAUCCGUACAUACAUAUUCAUUAUUGUAAUGAAUAUGUACAUAAGUAUGAAAAACCGGAGUUUGUAUCAAGUGGUAUGAAUUUCCUUUUCUUUGGGACGGCUUGCCUUCGUCAUAAUUCCAUCCUUCGCCAGUGCUAUCUAGCCUCACAGUAAGCAUCAUAUGAUAUGGGUAAGGUAGCUGAUUUCAUGAUUUACAUUUAAUAAAUAUAAAUAAAUUCAAGUUAAUCUCAUCAAAAUAAAUUAUAUUUAUUGUAAUUCGUUUGGUGAUUAUUGGAAUUUCCACUUUGAUUUUAAUAAUUUGGUAAAACUAUCAAUAAUUAUUGGUUGCUCUAUAAUGACAGUAAAUGUGUGUGUUGCCACACAGUGAGUUUAUAAGUUCCAUUUUUAUUAACUUCUACUCUUUUAUGUCGCACUGUACUACAUUGUAUAAAUGAUAAUCCCCAAUGAAUAUGGUCCAUUAUAGAUUUAAAGCAAGCUUCGUUAAAAAUAAUUUAAGUGGCUGUGACAUAGUUAAUACAUAUGAAAAAAACCUUUUGCCGGGCGAAUGCCAGCCUUAGCUGUACAUUAAUAUAAUUUAAAUCGUAUAUUUAUGUAUUUACACAAUUUUUUUUUUCGAAUAUUCUCCAAAAUUGAUUGAUUUAUGUCAAAGUAAAGCUUCUAAUAACUAACAUAAUAAGAAAAAUAAAUUAGAUUGGUGUAGCAGAAUUUUAAAUAAAUAUAACUAGCAGACCUCCUUAAUUCGGCCAUGUUGCUUAAUCCGUUCUUAGCGUACGUCUAGUUAACAAUAAACUACCUCCCUGCCAAAUUUCAUUUUUGUAUGUCAAGCGGUAAAAGUAUGAUGAAAAAAUACAGAAAUGACGGGAAUCGAACCCAUGUCUAUGGCUAUAGAGGCCAGAAAGCUUAUCCACAUGAUCACAGUCCCAUAUACCACUACUAUAAUGACAUACGUCAUUAUAAUUAUUUUUAUUAAAUUAUAAAAAUAAUUAUUAUUUUUAUUAAAUUAUAAAAAUAAUUAUUAUUUUUAUUAAAUUAUAAAAAUAAUUAUUAUUUUUAUUAAAUUAUAAAAAUAAUUAUUAUUUUUAUUAAAUUAUAAAAAUAAUUAUUAUACUAUAAGAUUUUUUCUCUUGUUUACUGUUAAUCGUACUCCCUUUUUUUUACUGUUUCUUACUUUUUGUUUGUAAAUUUUGAACAAAUUUUUAAAUUUGAAUACUAAAUUAAUAAUGUAUUGUGUAUUUAAAACCUUGCGUUGAUGCGUUGGUCAGAUCAAAUCCGCACCACUCUCGAUACAAAAGUACACGAUGCUCUACAAGUCGCGAAAAGCCGAGCCGCAUGGCGUGACAUCGUGCGGAAAAAGUUAUGAAUGUGUGAUAGGGGUCACGACCCUCAGUAAUGAGGAACACGACGCGGAGAGAGAGAGAUUUAAAACCUUACAUUUUGAAAACCCUUAUGCAAAUUUUAUUUCGGGCUGGCAUUUGCGCUUAGGUUUCCUUCUAGCGAACAUUCUGUAGUUUAUAUUAUUAUUAUUAUAAUUAUUUUCACGCAAAGAGAAAAAAAAACGUGUAACAAAAAAUAAAUGCGCGAUUCAAAUCGCCCUUGAGUGUAUAAUGUAUAAUAUAAUUAUUAAUUAUUAAAUGUAUGAGAAAAAAAAAUCAAUUUUGUAAUAUAAUGAAAAAAAAAAACAGCAUUGUAAUGGAUGUAUUAUAUAGUUUGUAUGUGUAUCAUAUUAUUAUUAUUAGUUGUCUGGCCGGUCCAGUGAUGUAUGGAAAGUGAAAAGUGAGUAAAACCCCUCCUUAUAUUUCCUUAGGAUUUUUUUUUAAAUGUAUUAUAUUGUAUGUUAUUUUGUAUCUACAAUGGUUAUUUGUAUGGUUGACAUUGUAUGGUAGUAUACUAGCCAGCCUAUAUAUUCUAAAUAUGUCCUAGUCGAUGUAUUUAUUUUCAUUUAUAGGAUACUAGCUGACGCCGCGCCGUUUCACCCGCGUGGUUCCGGUUCCCGUAGGAAUACAGGGAUAAUAUAUAGCCUAUAUCCUUCCUCGAUAAAUGGGUUAUCUAACACUGAAAGAUUUUUUCAAAUGGGACCAGUAGUUCCUGAGAUUCAACCAAACAAACAAACUCUUCAGCUUUAUAAUAAAAUGCUCGCUUAAAAUAAAAAUGACAGCGACUUACGGCUGAUAGUUCUCUCGAGAUGUAAAUUAUUAUCUUUGUCCUAUUCUUGCCCUAGUUGGAUCUGUUUGGCUAUUGAUUGGCAUAAAUCUAUGUUUUCACCAAGUUCAGGCUAAGAGGAGUUACUUUAUGACUUAUGGAAUCAUACAUAUAUCUAUAUUGGGUACAGCAAUUUUUAUCAAAAUCGGACAAGUCGUUCUUGAGGUGUCUUAUGUAUAUAUAUAACUCUAUGGUUAUAUAAUCGCUUUCUUUUGGUUUCUUUCGCCUUCUUUUUCUUCUUUUACUCAAAAUAUAUCUUAGUAGAGUUAUCAGUAGUUUGAUAGUAGAAGGAUAAAAAGUUAAAAUCUCGUGAUUUUUUUUAACAUUAUAAUAUAUUACUAGCGGAAAACCGUGAUCUCAUAGACGUAUGUUUUCCAAAAAUCCCGCAUGAUUUUAUUGGGAUGGAAUUAUGUGUUAAUCCAAGGUAUAUUCUACCUUUGUUUCAUAUUUCAGCCAAAUCGGUUUAGUAGUUGCGGCGUGAAGUAGUAACAAACAUAAAGACACACACAGAUUGUCACACAAACUUUCGCCUUUAUGUUAUAUUAGUGUGAUUUAUACAAUAAAAGAUUAGUCGCAAAAGUCAUACGAUUUAUCACCAACCAUACAACUAACCAUUUUAAAAAGACCACUGUCAAAUUUAUUUGUGCACGCAAUCUCUUACUCAAUACCCUAUCAAGUGUGUCAUAAAUAAAUUUGACAGACACUAUUUAUGAUCUUGAUUACAUUCACAGUAAUAUGACAGACAAUCGAGUACUGAAUAGUCAAAUGGUAAAAAAUAGGCCUAGAAAGAGCGUUCACAACUGACGUAAAGUAAUCGCAAAUUGUUAAAAGGUGAACUUUCCGCCCUAGUGAGACAAAUUGCAUUGUUUGUGUGCUUAAUGUGAACAGCGUUAGGUUAUCUAUAUGGAAAUUGUGAUUUAUAAAAAACAGUAAAAAAUUACAAUUAAACUUAUUAUUACUUGAUAGUUUAUUAUUUAUUAAAAUAUUACCCAUAGUGUAACCUAACAGAAAACUUUUCUGCGGUGAAUUAUUUUACCAGUAAUGCUAAUAUGCGAAAAACGAGAUAAUAUCGUGGAGAGAAAUAGACAUAUUUCAACCAAUGGUGGUGCAACUACCACUACGUGGAAAUUGAAAAGGCUGGGACAACUCCGCCUCCAUUUUGUCGAAUUUUGUCUAUUUCUCUGCACUUGGGUCGCGUGUUAGCACUACUGGUGCAAACAAAAAAAAACAGUACGUUUUUAAUUUGAUGUGCACUUUCACAAUAUUACUGCUGUAACUCACCACUUUUUUCUUAUUUAUUAUUGUUUAAAAAUUCAUAGUUCAGAGAAGCGUUCACAAACUUUUUCAUCAAGCUAUGUUUGACAAACAUUUUUCAUCAAGCCAUGUUUGACAAACACUUUCAUCAAGCCAUUUUUGACAAACAUUUUUCAUCAAGCCAUGUUUGACAAACACUUUCAUCAAGCCAUUUUUGAGAAACAUUUUUCAUCAAGCCAUGUUUGACAAACACUUUCAUCAAGCCAUUUUUGACAAACAUUUUUAUCAAGUACUUAAUGUUUCACAAACAUUUUUAUCAAGCCAUGUUUGACGAACUUAUUGAUCAAUGAAAAACAUACGCUUCAAACUAAGCUUUAACGAUGUUUGACAAACACGUUUGAUUUGACGAAUACAUAAGUGCUGGAACUAACAUAUACAGUUUAUGAACCAUGUCACGGUGAUCGCCAUUUUGAAAAACCUUGUACUAAAAUUGCCACCCUCACUUUAGGGGUUCCCUAACGAUGCUAGGGGCGUUGUUUACGUCAGAUGUGGACGAAUGGGGUUAGGGCAAGCUAAAUAAGUGAAAUGCAAGGUCUGUUUAAAUUUUAAGGUUAGCUUUUCAGUAUUUGUGGGUUACCCGAACGUGAAAUAACUAAUGUUUCUUUGAACUUUUCCAUUUUAUUCAUACGUUUUUUCAUGUUCGACCUUGAAAGAAAGCUGUGUGUUUUCCGAUCUACGCUUAAUUUGGUUACAUGUGAAAACUGCAAAACUAUUUAUUAGUAUACUCAGUGGCACAAUUAUCCGCCCACUUUAAUAUACUUGCGUCUUAUUAAUAAAGGGCGGAUAAUUGUGCCUCUAAUAUAUAAGAGCGCUAAGACAGACAACAGAACUUUUUGUGUUUAGGUUUUAGCGCUCUGCUCUGUCCCGAUUUUUGGAUUUUUUUUUUUUUUUGAUAUCCUCUUAUAUAGAAUUAUAUUAGUUUAUGAAAGAGACGUUAGUUAUUUUAUGUUUGCAAGCUUUCGUGUAUACUAAUACAUAUGACUAUAUUAUGUACAUUUAUUGUGUCACUGUGUAUAUUAUUAAAAUUAAUUACUUAGAAACCUAAUAUGAAUCAAGUCAUCUACUUUUAAAACCAUAUUUUUUUUCCAACUACAAAAUGAAUGGCCGUUAGCCGAAUCUAGUGAGCUCAUUUGGUUAAUAAUAUUUUGUUAUUUUUAGGCCAGAUUAGCUAAAUGGUAAGAUUUGUUCUAGGAUGGUCUAACAGUCCAAUAUUGGACUAUGUGAUGCUCUAAAAACUAUUAAAAAAAUCAGUAUAUUGUCAUAUUACAAUACGUGCUUAUCUCUGACGCAACGGUAACCAUUGUUUGGUGGAUGGUUUUGGCUCGAAACACAAAUAGUUACUCGUAACUGAUAUUUAGUUUGCUAUCUUCAAUAUUACUAUCAUAUUUUGUUCUUUAGAGAAAAAAAUCUUUUUCCACUAUAACCUGUAAACUUUCAGCCUAUUUCUAACGAUAUAUUUUCAUAGUUUCAGAAAUUCCUAUGUAUAUAUGUAUAACAUUUUAAAUCUAAUAAUCUUUGUAAUUCUGUGUGUGGAUUUAAAAGUUAAACUUUUAAUCAAAACUUUUCUCAAUUUUGUAAAACUGAAUUAAAUUUCUAUUGUAAUGUAAAUCUCGAAACUACGUGUAAGUGGGGUUUAAUUGUUUGUGAAAAAAAAUCAACAUAUGAACUUUUUUUAAUAAGUACUACGAGUAUUUGAUUGAUAGGCACUUUUGAAACGUCAAAUUUUUACGAUUAAUUUGAGGAAAAUCGUCAAGAUACCCGACAGUUGCUCUUUUAAAGUAAUAUUUUUUUUAUUACAAUAUUAUCAUCCAUAGACGCCAUCCAUCGUCCAUUAUCUGAAAUAACCCAGAAGAAUGUUUUGCGGGUAUUUGAAAGAAUUUUGAGGGUAGAAUUUUUUGCUAUUAUUCUGUUUUAUGACGUCAGAUGUAAUACGUAAGCUGAUGUCUUAUCCGCGAUAACAAAUAUUUGUAUCACUAGUUUACUUUUAUCUGGGCUCUCAUUGAUCGUCAUAAUUUUUAAGCUUGUUUUAAAUAAAACAAAAUUUCAACUUGAAACUUAAAAACAUUAGUGAUUUAGUUAUUGUAAACACGUUACUUCAUUUGUUACACGUAAAUUUCUCAAUUAAAAAAAAAUGCCUAAAAAUAUUUCUACCCUCUUUCGAGAGUAUCUUAUAUUGGAUGGACACUCCAACCCCCUUUUAUUAUAUUCCUAAAGAUAACGGUGACGAUGUAGAUUACGCACUUCUUUUUAGAGAUUUAUGUAAAACCGAUUGUCAGCAAGUGUAUAAUGUUUUAACAUACCUAAUUAUUGUGAAAUCCAUGAAAAUUACAUAAAGAAUCUAUUGAUUAUUUAUUAUUGAUGUGUAUAUGUAGAAUUUAGAAGAAAAAAAUGUGUCUGUUAGCUUACACUUAGAUAUUAUAGUAGGUAAAUGAAACAAAGGUAACGUGAAUUAUCACUAACUAUUCUAUCGAAAUAAUAUUAUAUGUAAAUUGAGGGUAGACAAACUACAUCCAGACAAAAAGUUACUAAUUUAAAGAAUAUUUUAACUCUACCUCUUUUUAUUUGUAAUCAUAUCUAUUGCUACUUCUAAUAUGAAAUCCAUGCUCUUGCAUUUGUUAUGAAAGUUAUAAUUCUGAGGAUAUCUGAAAAAUUCUUGAAUAGUUAAGUGAUUGAAUUUGCCUCUAACUACCGAUUGCCGCAGUUAAAGUGUAGUUUCUUUUUCGGAAUUUAAAUUUUCGAUUCCUAUAAAUGUAAUUAGAGAUUUUAACGCAAAACUAAGAAAAAAUGUUACGGCAAAAAAUAAAAUAAAAAAAAUGUAAUGAUUAAUAAAAUUUUUGUGGUUAUGUAUCUAAAUGUUCACAUUGGGGUUUUAAAUAAUAAUAUCUAGCCUGUAUACUUAUGCGAAACUUCAUCAUUCACGUUUUGCGGAUAUUGUGUCCUGUUGUUGCAAUCAAAAAAAUUGCGGGCGCCAUUUUUUAUCUUGCAAAAAAGUGUUUGCAAUUAAAAGAAAAGCGCUCGCGACAAAAAAAAAUAAUGUAAUGGUUUUAACUGUCUGUCUAUACAUGUAUAACUAGUAAGUAUCAUAUACUGUACAAAAGGCUGCAAAUUUGGGAAAAAAAAAUGUAAAAAAAAAAACAUUGGCCCCAUAUUUGGGGCUGUUAACAUACGCUUAAUAAUGUGGAUAGAAAAUGUACCUCAUAAGUUCUGAUUCAUAGAUUAGGCUGCGCGGGAGGUUUGAACGCGUUCUUUGCGUUGAACUUUCCCCCCUUUGCUUUGUUUGGGCUGGCUGCGCAGACGCAUGCGUGAUGUACUUUAUUUUUGAUGUAAAUAUUACUUUUUUUUUAUUGAAUAUUAUUUCGUCGGUCCGGAUGCGAGGCCGGGGGACGCGUUCAAACCGCCCGCCUAAAAAAAACUUAUAAUAUGUGUAACAAAAAAUCGCUGUAAAUUGUUUGUAAAAAUAGUCAUGUUCAGAAUUAAUUUUCAGUGUAGUUUUUGUUGAUUAUAUUUUUUUUUCAACCGGAAAUUGCUGAAUAAAGCGACGAUUCUGUUUCAA